AUGGAGGAAACUCAAGCGGAGAGUGUUCAGAAAGGGGUGAAAUCGCAAACCCAAAAACCGGCUGUUGCGGUACCAACUCGUUUCGAUGAAAUUCACAGUUCGAAUCGUUCUGCAGUGCCACAGGAAGUAAUCAGAGAUUUACAGCCGAUUGCGUUGCGUACUGCGUCAAGUUCAGACAAAGAAACACCCAGCACGAAAGAUAGAGAGAGACCUCCCGAACCAGUACAAAGAAGAUCAAGAACUGAAUCUGUCAGACAAGAUGCUAGGAAAUUGAAAAGUGCAACACUAAACAGAAUGGGAAGAAUGUUUAGACAACGAUCACAAACUCCUGUUUCUAAUAAAUCUCCUGCAAACACAAAAGAAGACACGAGUACGAUGAAAUCAGCGGAGAGCUGUGACGAAGUCUCGCAGAAAGAGAAGAGUAAUUCGUUGGGUAGAAUGUUCAAGCUAGUGGAUAAAGAUGGUUCACCGAAAAAACUGUUUCAUCCUCGAGCAGGAUCUCUGAGCCGUAUUUUGCGCCGACAUCCCCAUAAUGACAACGACAACGAGAAGAAAGCCACAGAAGAUAACACACGUGGGAUUUUCUCGAGGAUGCUGAAUCAGUUAAGAGGAAAGUAAAAAAUGCUUGAUACUUUUACAAUGCCUUACAGUGGAAAUUCGCUGACCGAACCGAAUAUAAAAAGCCGUAACAAAAUGAGCUCGUUACCUCCGAAGGUGCCAUUGAACUCGAGAACAACUAAUUUAUCUUCGUCAACAACCACUUCAUCUCAAGCCGCAGGAUCGCCCCAGAAAUUGUCUAAUUUCGAGUAUUCAAUUUAA